GCGGAGACACCGCCCUCGCGCUGCCAAGCGGGCCGGCAGUGGGCGGGGCUACGGCCUGCGGGAGCCACUGGGCCCGAGUCAGGAUGCCGAGGAAGAAGAAGCAUGCAGAAAGCCCUGACUUUCAGGACCCGGGCGGGGAGGAGGAAGAGCCGAGGGGCCUGGUCGAUGCCAAAAAGAAGCAUAGUUUUGUGGAUGCCUUUAUUGUUAUAUCUGACAGCGAUGGAGAGCAGGAGUCAAAGGAGGAGAAUGGAUUACAGAAGAAAAGAACCAAGCAGCAGCUGGAUAGAGUGAAGUUUGCCGCUAAAAGAAAAAUUGCACAGAUGACUGAAGAUGAACAGUUUGCACUGGCUCUGAAAAUGAGUGAGCAGGAAGCCAGACAAGUGAACUGCCGGGAAGAGGAAGAAGAGGAGCUUGUGAGGAAGGCCAUCGCCGAGAGCCUUAAUAGCUACCAGCCUUCAGAUUCCCCUGCUGCGACCUCUGCACCACCUCCUGCACAGGCAACAUGCGAGCCAGUGCAGAGCCACCCGGCUGAGAUCCAUGGAGCUGUGCCACCUUGCCCCGACUCCCCACGGUCAGAAUGCAGCUCCCAUUCCUGGAGCACAAAAGCUGACGGGAAUGGACAGACAGAUGUUGCCAAGAGCCCCCUUGUAGUGCUGACAAGGUUAAGCCAGGAAAUAGUUGAAAGCUCACUACUAUCCAGCAUAAUUGUAUCUCCAGGGAAGAGCCAGCCUUUAACCAAGUCAAAUGAAAAGCCUUCCUCACCAGCAAGAAGCCAUUCCAGGGACAUGUUACCCAGCCCUUCUGUGGAGGACCUGAUCUCCCUGAGCCCCACCUUUGGCCGGUUUACUCCAGGCGCUUGGCAACUGACGCCUCGGAGACUGUUUUCAGGGUCGUGCAGCACUUCAAAAGCAAUGGGUGGGGAACAAGACAAGCAACCUCUGGCCAGCACUAGAAGUUCUGCGGGAGAGCCCACGGCUGGCAGCUCAGCAGUGCUCCGGAAGGGCAGGACCUGGGAGCUGGGUGGCAUUCCAAGGAAGAGCUGUGGAGCAGGAGGCCCUGAGUGUGCACCACAACGUGGGCACCGUGGGCAAGGCUCUGUUUGUGCUGAGCACGUGGAACGGAAUGAGGUGCCUGACAACGCACCCGAGCUUUGUACACUGAGCAUGGCUGAUGAAAAGUGCAAGCAGGAAGAUGCUAGAGACACAGUGCACUAUUACUGGGGUAUUCCAUUCUGCCCCAAAGGGGUGGACCCAAACCAGUACACCCAAGUCAUCUUGUGCCAGCUGGAGGUGUACCAGAAGAGCCUGAAGCAGGCGCAGAGGCAGCUCUUGCAGAAGAAGGAGUUUGGUGAUCCAGUUGUGCCCUGCUCUUCUCCCCUGAGCCAGAAUGAGCAUGGGAAAGGGGAGCGAAUAAACAGGGAAAAUGGUGUUCCCGACGACACACAAGAUGGCAGGAAGGAGCCAGAGAGUGCUGCCUGGCUUCUCGCCACAAAGAACAGGGAGCCCGAGCAGAAUCCAGGGCAGAACUUGGAAGAGGAAAAGAACUCUACGUCCGAGGAUGAACCAACCACCAGCUAUUGCCAGGGGCCAACCUGUGCAACGGACCAGACACCAGCAAAGGCCUCCCAGGCGCUAUUUGCGGAGGACAUGCCUGAAGAUGGGGAACCAAUGCAGAUUACACAGAGCAUUUCUGCCUUGACCCCAUUUGGCAGUAAGAGGAGCCCAGACAUUGCCACGGAGAGCCCUGCUGAAGAAGAGAUCACGGUUUGCCCUGAGACCCAGCCAAAUCCAUCGGAAGCUAUUGAGCCAGAGAGAGAAGUGCUCCGUUCAGCCAGCAAAGAUGCACCUCUGCAGGCGGGUGGAGAUGAAGAAGCUGGGAACACAGUCUCUGAAUGCAGCCCGUCAGCUGAUGACAGUGUGUCGUGCCCACUGUGUGAUCGAGGGUUUCCAGCCACCGAGAUUGAGCUGCACGCCAUGUGCUGUAACGGCAUCGUGGGACAGGAUGCAAACAAAGACGUUCCAGUGCUCACUCAGCGACGGAGAGAAACAAGGAGUAGAGCUGGCAGAGGCAGAGACGUCCCGACACCCGCAGCCCUUGACAAGUGUGAGAAGUGCUACCUUUGUAAGGCCCUGGUGCCACUGGCGGAGUAUCCGAGGCACGUAGACGGCUGCCUGCAGACUGCAAGGGACGCUCAGGGAAACCGGAGGCUGCGCAGUGCCAAGGACGUCGGGAGGAGCGACGGCAGACUCCUCAGCAUGCUGGAGAUGUCCGAGUGCAAGUCUGCAGAUGCUGAUGCGGGGGCCGUGCUGGCAGCAGGAGGAGACCCGAGGUCGGCCGGUGCUUUGCACGCCCCGUCGGGGGCUGAGGAGGAAGCCGGCGGCAGCCUGGCCCGGGAGAGCCCCCUUCCACACAUGGCUUUCAGUGACUUGCCCAGUCCAUCCUUGGUGUCCGCUCCCGAAGCCGCGGGCUACCCGGGGGGCUUCCAGCAGCAGAACAAGGGCAGCCGGAGGAGGAGGAGGAAAUUCUGAGGCGUGAGCGAUGGAAAAGGGACCUCGGGAGACCCACAGUGAAGGGGCAGCAGGGCCACAGCGAGAGCCCCUGCCCACGGCCAGGCAGUGUGACGUGCUUGUGUGCCAGGGCUGGGAGCCGUGGACGAGAGACUCACUGCAGGGCGCUCGCCAGCCAGACACUGACACAUAUUUAUGGAUGUUUUUAUGAAAUGGCAGCGACCCG